GAUGAAUAAACCGAUAAAAUAACGUUCAAAUUGCUCAGCUGCCUUAAAUAUCAGGGGAAUGAAAAUCAAAACCAGAAUGUGAUUCCAACACACACUGACCAGCAUAGAUAAAAUAAGAAAGGCAAAUAGUAAGUGUUGGGGGAACAUGUUUCUGAUAGGUGUGCAAAUUAGCAUAACCACUUUGAAAGACUGGCAGCAGCUACUAGUGUUGAACGUUCCAUAUCUGGGCACAUAGCCAACAGAAACACGGACAAGAAUUCCCCCAGACACUAUACCAGAAUGUUCGUAACAGCUCUGUUCAGACCAGCCCAAACGACGGAUCGCACAAAUGGCCAUCGCUAGUGCUAUAGGUAAGCUUGUUAUGUAUUCAUAUGAUAUAAUGCCACAACGAGAAUGAGUAAACUAUAACCACAUGUGAAACCCCUUAAAAGCAUAAAGUUGAACAAAAAAUCAAAAUGGCUGCACUAAUGCUUCAGAGAAGCUUGAUUUUAAAGUCACCUUUUUCCUCUCUUUGGCAAAACCUCACCUCCUGCCUCGUCAGCCUUUUGUUUCAGGAACCUGGCACCACCCUGAAAACGCGACUGAAGAGGCUGGCAGAAAGUAUCCUAUUCCUGUGGAAACCGGCCCCAUCCUGCAUUUCCCUACACCUUCCCCACUCCUCCUCCAGGCGGGCUUGCAGGUUCUUGAAAGCCUCAGCCUGCAGCAGCCUCCCGGGCCCACAAAGCACUAAAGCUGUGGUUCCUCUCCAUCCCGAACUCUGUCUUGGCAUUAUGUUUUGUCUCCAAAGCACGGAGGUCUGUUUUCUCCAACACCUGCAAUAGUACGGUUGAACCUCAAGCAUGCUGAACAAAAGAAGCCAGACGCAGAACAUAUUAUAUACGUUCAUUGAUUGACACAAAGUGCAAAAACAGGAAAGCGACUCAGUGGUGUUAGAGAUCAGGAAAAUAGUCAUCUUUGGGGAGAAGGUAGUAACUGGAAGGGCAGACAAAGGGGCUUCUGGGGUGCCGUUGUAGUUUCUUGAUAGGGGUGUGUUCCCCCCGCUUGUGAUUUUAUCGUAUUCUAUUUGUAUGGGAUACCUCAGUGAAAUCCCCUGCCCCUGCCCCGCGGUGCACCCUCCCCCCUCCAAAGCUUAUGCCAGUCUUGUUAUUCUUGUGUUUGUAACCAUUCUUCACAAUGUGAUCAGUCAUUUACACUUGAGGUCAAUGUGAAACCCCUUGCAAAUGUGAAAACGUUUGAAUAUUUGAAGCCUCUAGUCUGUCUUGGGGUUUCCCUGGUAGGGGUGAAAGUUUCAGGAACGUCAGCUUCGUCUGUCCUCCAGCUGAAGACCGUGGACUGUUGGCCUACAAGAGCCCCUGGGUGUGGCUUUGGGUGGCCUCGCUCCUGAGGUCCUUGGCGAUGUGGGGGCAACCACAGAAGCUGUCUGGGCGGGCGCAGACGCUGCCCCGCUUCAGCACUGGCCCGACAGGAAGGAAAGAGAAAUGCGUCAGUUGUUCCAAAGUGAAGAAAAGUUGACUUCCUUCUCUCCAGAACAGGCCCCCCUGUCUCCUCUCUUGAAGCAGAUGCCAAGGUAGAUCGGAUGCCUUUUGAGAGCAGGCGCUGACGAGAACCUUACUGAAGACUAGAGGCCAAGUGUACGCCUUUGCAGAGCUCUGCGACACCCUAUUUGUCAUGCAACCAGUGCAUUUGGGUGUUGACCUGGCUGGGCUUUUAAUUACCAUUACUGCUGACCUGAAAGCAUUGGAGGCGAAGGUUAUUUUCUAAACGUCCUCGAUAGUCUUCUCACCGCCUUUCGUAAGUUUCCUCUGACCCGGGCUCGCUUCCGCUUUGCGCAGAAAUUAUCUGCUUAGAGCCCUGCCUGAUUUAUAACAAUCUCUGGCAAAAACCCAGAAAAGAGAUAACACUCUUGUCUUCGACGGACCUCGGAGGCGGCAGCGGGGCCGGUGGAAAGGGUCUUCCGGUGGCCCGAGGCUCUGGGAGCCACCAGUCCAGCUGAGGGACAGCCUCUUGGGGCUUUCUUCUCCCUGAGGAGCGUGACGCAGUUAAAAAGGGAAAAAAAAGAGCCACAAGCCAGAGAGUUGCCAAUGACAUAGGAGAGGGAGCGCUUUCAAGCCACGGAGCCGCUCCUGGAGGCUCUGAGCUCACCCACCCCCAGCCAGGGGGCUCGGUCGUGGAGCGACACUCAACACGGGUCCGCGCACGAGAGACGGAAUGGCCGGGGAAGUCAGUCUGAAUUCCCUCCAGGAACUGGAACGCGAGGUCAUCCUCCAGGUCCUGUACCGAGACCAGGCGGUUCAAAACACCGAGGAGGAGAGGAUCCGGAAACUGAAGACGCACCUGCAGCAUCUCAGGUGGAAAGGAGCAAGGAGUGUGAGCCCGGAAUACAAAGAGAAGUCCUGCGCACGCUGCCAGUGCCAGCUCGGGCUUCUGCUGAACCGGGGGGCCGUGUGCAAGGGCUGCAGCCACCGCGUGUGCUCCGAGUGCCGAGUCUUCCUGCGGAGGACCCGCGCCUGGAAGUGCACCGUGUGCUUUGAGGACAGAAAUGUGAAAAUAAAAACUGGAGAAUGGUUCUUUGAGGAACGAGCCAAGAAAUUUCCAACUGAAGGCAAACACGACAGAGCUGGAGCAAAGCUCUUGCAAUCUUAUCAGGAACUGAGCAACAUUUCCGUGGUUCCUCCUACCCCACCUCCUCUGAGUGAAAGCCAGUGCACCAGCAGCUCCCACAGGUUACAGGAACUUGGUCAGUUUAAAGGAUUUAAUAAGUCCAUGGAAAAUUUGUUUCUGUCUGUUACCACCCACAUGAAAAAGCUUUCCAAGUCCCAGAAUGACAUGACCUCUGACAAGCAACUCCUAGCCACGGGUCCCAGGCAGUGUGCUAGCCGGACGGAGAGGAGGAGCCAGUCUGACACUGCCAUCAACGUCACCACCAGGAAGCCAAGCACACCAGAUAUUCUGAAACCUCUCAACCAAGAGAGUCCCAAACACCUUACUAACCCUGUUUCGAAGCAAGAGGACGUCUCACCCAGGCCAACGCCCAGCACUUUGUUCUCAGGAGGCUUGAGACACGCAAGUCUACUUAGCAUUAACAGCACUUGUACAGAGAUGGGAAAUUUUGACAAUGCUAAUGUCACUGGAGAAAUAGAGUUUGCCAUUCGUUAUUGCUUCAAAACCUGCUCUUUAGAAAUAUGCAUCAAGGCCUGUAAGAAUCUUGCCUAUGGAGAGGAAAAGAAGAAAAAGUGCAAUCCGUACGUGAAGACCUACCUGCUGCCUGACAGAUCCUCCCAGGGAAAACGCAAGACUGGAGUCCAAAGGAACACCGUGGACCCAACCUUCCAAGAGACCUUGAAGUACCGGGUGGAGCCCGCCCAGCUGGUGACCCGGCGGCUGCAGGUCUCCGUGUGGCACCUGGGCACGCUCACCCGGAGGGUGUUUCUUGGAGAGGUGACCAUUCCUCUGGCCACAUGGGACUUUGAAGACAGCUCGACGCAGUGUUUCUGCUGGUAUCCGCUGAGGGCCAAGGCAGAGAAACAUAAAGACAGCAUUCUUCCAAAUAAUGGAGAACUUGCAGUCCGGGCCAAACUGGUCUUCCCUGCAGGGCCGAGAAAGCUCAAAGAGGCCCAAGAAGGGACGGGAGAUGGGCCAUCCCCUAACGGUCAGCUUUGUCUGGUCGUGCUGGGAGCCAAGAAUUUAGCUGUGCGGUCAGAUGGUACCCUAAACUCCUUUGUUAAGGGCUGCCUGACUCUGCCAGACCAACACAAGCUGAAGCUCAAGUCCCCAGUCAUCAAGAAGCAAGCUUGCCCCCAGUGGAAGCACUCCUUCACGUUCAGUGGCGUAAGCCCUUCUCAGCUGAGGCAGUCCAGCCUGGAGUUAACCGUCUGGGACCAGGCCAUCUUUGGUGUGAACGACCGCUUGCUGGGGGCAGCCAGGCUUGGUUCCAGUAAGUCCGUCCGAGAGGAAGACGCAGCUGGCGGCGUGGACUCAUGCUCUCAGUCAGAGCUUCAAUGGCAGAAAGUCCUUUCCAGCCCCAAUCUGUGGACAGACCUGACACUCAUUCUUCACUGACGCCAAGGUUCCAGUCCGCAGUGGGAGUCUCGAGUGCCGCAUGCCAGAAGGUGGCUGGACGCGUGGGUGUGGACACUCGCCGGCUGCAGCUGUAGCGAGAACAUUCCUCCACACCCCCACGUGUAUUUAUGUUCAACGGCUGAUGGUAUUAACAUGAGUCUCGGGUUGGUUUUGUGCUGAGGUGUGGAAAUGGUCCGAUUUCAAUAAAUGGUCAACACUC